GGACAGGAGGUCCUGGACCUGCGCCAUGCGAAGCGAGCGUCCCGUCACGAAGCGUCCAACGCUCGACGUUUAGCUCGACGCCGUCAGUACACGCGUCUCGACGCCCGGGGAUGCGUCCGUUACCGGAAGUAUAACGCGACGCUCGUUUCAGUCAUUGGACCCGAUCGUAACGGGAUCCAUUUUCACUUGGUUCUUUUUUUUCUCGACGAAGAGUGCCGUUUUGAAAGCAACAGAAAACAGACAGUAUACACGUAUGACGCGGCGUGCUCGUUCGCGAAUAUAAUGCUACACCUUUUCCACGAGAAUGAGGGUGGCACGGCUAUUACUGUGCUACGUACUUCUCGAAGACUACAGUACCAAUCUCGGCGGGGCUGCAAUUACCAGCGACGCCGUGCGCCAGGACGCCUCUGCGACGAAUCCCACGCUACCAGAUUUGCCAAGUUUCGCCGAGCCGAUCGGUAAUGUGACCGCAGCGAUCGGCAAGGAAGCCGUCCUACGGUGCACGAUCCGGAAACUAGGAAAUUACAAGGUGGGAUGGCUUCGAAUGGAGGACCAGACGAUAUUGUCGAUGGGUCAGCGAACGGUGACCCACUCGCCCCGGUUUCUCGUCACGUUUGAGAACGCGAAGGCGAAGAAUCAGAGUGACUCGAGGGAGGAGGAGGAAGCCACUUCGCGGCUCCAUAUUCGCCAUCUCCGGGAAGCUGACCGAGGCUGCUACAUGUGCCAACUGAAUACGAAGCCCAUGUUGAGCCAGCUGGGAUGCGUGGAUGUCCUAGUCCCGCCAGAUAUACUGAGUUCCGGCACCUCGGAGGGUGAGGUUUCCGUACUGGAGGGUGAGAAUGCCACCCUCUCGUGUAAAGCCUCUGGAAGACCGCCACCUCGUGUGCUCUGGCGACGCGAGAAAAGUGGUUUCAUACUUAUGAGGGGUCUUCACGAUCCGCUGAUACCAGUGGACAACCAGUCCGGCGAGAAGCUGGAAUUAACUAGGGUAGACAGGAGGCAAAUGGGAGCGUAUCUUUGCAUAGCCAGAAACGAAGUGCCUCCGGCAGUCAGCAAGAGAGUCUAUCUAAGGGUAAACUUUCCGCCUAGCGCUAAAGUUCCCAACCAGCUGUUAGGCUCGCCUCUGGACACGGACGUAUCGUUAAUCUGUUUGAUCGAAGCUUAUCCAAAGACGAUUAACUUGUGGACUAGAAAGGAACAAGUUAUCAUGAGCGGCGGCAGAUACGAAAUUGACGAACGAGGACAUCCGGACGAGGAAUGGAAGACAACGAGCGAACUAAAGAUAAGGCAUUUGGAAAAAUCGGAUUUAGGGGAGUACACGUGUUCAGCGUCCUCGAGCAUGGGCAAAGCGGAAGCCACCCUUAGGGUGUACGAGAUCGAACGAGCAACGCCGCCCACCCGAGCCACGUCUGCAAGCUGGAAAAAGUUGAGCAAAGGAAAAUCAAAGUUUGCCCAAGUCACGACGAUCAAUCGAAUCUUCCACCAGAUGAGCACACCAGCGAUGCAGAAAAGCACCGCGAGGAUCGUUUACAAUAAGCACAUGACGACCUCGACCACCGUCGAUCCACGGGCGCCUUUUAUCAAGGACAAAAACGUGUUUCAAAAUCGAGACAGCCCAAACAUACGAAGCUGUGCGAAUGUAAAAACUAGUAGCACACGAAUCUACGCGUUUAGCUUGCUCAUUUUCCUCAGUCUACGAUAAACCGUACCGAUUAGUAAAACAUACGUGCCGAGGUUCCAAAUAACGUAAUCAAGCGCAAACAAAAUGUGAUGAAACGAACGAACGAACGACAUAUACCAAUAUCAGGCGACGAAGUGAAAAAACCGCGACUAACAAAGAAGUUUUAAUUGAACGACGGAAAGUUCUUACUGCGAUCUCUCAACGACACGAUGAAGCGUCAGGCCACGAGUAUAGUAGCGUGCAGUGGAUGCCUUUCUUUGCUAAGAAGAAAGUGUAGCGACCUUUUCGAUACCAUUCGUUUGAGAAAAAAGCUGCGUAGACUUCCUCUUAGCGAGGAAAUGCAUCCCUUGCAUAUGAUUAUACGUGUAUUCGUAGCCUAAACUUCUCACGACGAUACAGCGAGAACAAGCGAUCUCUCAUCGCGGAUCUAGUCCGCGGACGAAACUGUUGCGAAUUUUAAAAUGAUGAAAAGAAAUGCUUACGAAUGUAUUUUUUAUGACCCUUUUAUCCGUUUUUCAAACGCGGGGAAAAGAGUAUAAUUGUCGUGAGCGAAAUGUGUUCUUUAGUUGGACUGAAUGUAACGUUGUCAAAUAUUUUUUUAAUCAACGAGGAACGAAAGGGAAACUAGAGUCUUUUCAUUGAUACAAACGAUCAUUUCCGAUUUGUCGUCUUAUUAGAAGUGACGAUGUAAGUUUUAUAAAUGUUAGCGUCGAAAGCCUUACAUAUGCAGGGUGUCUAUUCUCGAGUGGGCCACCAAGAGUGUCAUUUUUCACGAUAUAUCAUCGUUUGCGAAUACACAAAUGCAACAACGAUUCUUUCGAUUUUACCGAUUCAUUGAUCGAUCAUAUCGAGAAAUUAUUUUCCAUCGUUAUGAAAUGAACAUCCCUUAUUAUAUCUUAUUAACACCGUUACGUCGUAAUGAUUCUUGUUAAUUAAAUUGUUAAUUUUACGUCCAUUUCUGCAAGAUUCGCGGCCAAUCGCGGAUCGACCCCUUCUUAAUCAACUAUUCGAUUGUACUCGAACGCAGACAAAUAAUUAGCAUACUAAUUUGUACGUAAGGGAUAAUAAGAUAAUACGUUUAUUUAUCGGCGCGAUAACCGAGAUCGUUAAGUGACAUCUUAACAAACGUUAACACGUCAUAUCUAAGUCAGAUUCAUAUCCGUAGGGCGUAUAGUACCGUACUAAUUGUAUAUUUUAGGACAAAUACUAGACCUUACUUUUCUGAUUUUAUGUAUUUUUUUAAUUAACGUAGGCAAAUAACUUACCUCAUAUUGCCAACGAUUCAACGAGACCACAAUUGUAAGAAGUAUAACCGGCGUGGUUGACUGCGAGGAAUCUGCUGUUAUUCGAUAGGGUAACGAUCGAGCUUCUUUUCGUGUUACACGCUUUACUCAAUGUUCGUCUGCUGUUAUCAAGAUUAAUUGUCACAUUAUUCAACAUACGUCGCUUAGUUCUCUUAUUCAAUGACAUGUAUGAACGAGGUGUUAUCUUACCAUAUACAUCAUUUGCGAUACGAUUGCGAAGAGAAUAUUUUUCUUUUCAAAGAAUCGACAAUAAGCGUUCCUAGUAGGUUGUGCUUUGUAUCAUUUUUCAAUGUUCCUCGCAAAACCGUUAAUCAUAUCUUACUCUGUAAUUAGGAUCUGUAUGCAAAAACGGUGCUAGUAGAAAGGCUUGAUUCUCCUUAAUGGAUAACAUUUUUCGCACCAAUGACGUCAGAACUUUCUACUAAUAUUAUCGUUCUCGUAAAUAUCUUCUAUUACAGAGUACAAGUUUUAGUCAUGGUGCGUGGUUUUCCAUCAUUGGAAUAGUAGCAUAUCCGCGAAGUAAGGACACACACAUAUAUAUACACAACCCACACACACAACAUACACAUGCGUAUGUUAAAUAUACCUAUUUAACAAAUAUUGUAUAUCAUAAAACACUGCUCAAUAUAACGAUUCUACAAUAACUAUAUUAAAAACAAAUGUUGUUGUUUAUAGAAAAAAAUAUAUUAUGAGAAUACGGUGAGAAAAUGUGCUCAAAUUGGAUAAUUAUAUAGCUUUGAAAAACAAAAAAAAAACGUGUUGACAAAUAAAACAUACCAUGCAAAUAGUA